AAAAAAUAAGUAAACAAUUUCUUUUUAGGUUUUAUUAAGUGUUCAUUUGGAAGAAUGAACUCCGAAGUUCAUCAAACAAAAUGAACUGGUGCAAAAAAUAUUUGUAAUUAAUAAAGAAGGGUAUUUUGAUCCAUUUAAUAUUUUUAAAUAAUUAUGGACCAACUAGAAAGUGUGAUUUCCUAAAAGACCAAACCACACAAAAAUGACCAUGUUUGUUUAAUAAAGUUUUCCUUACUCAUAAUUAAUAAAAAUCAAUCCCCAUUACCAAAUAAAACUCUCCCUCGCCAAAAGCCUCCCUCUCUUUCUCUGUUGUUAUAUUUCUGUGUCAAGUGUUCAAUUUCGUAGAAUCCAUUUGAUAGAUUAAGCUCAAGCUGUUCGAUUCCCUCAUGGAUUUGCCUACAUCAUGGGAUGCCCUAAGGAAACAGGCAAGGAAACUUGAAGCACAAUUAGAUGAGCAUAUGAACUCAUACCGUAGAUUGGUUUCUACUAAAGACGAUGGUACACAAACUGAACUUGACUCUGCAAUUGAUCGCUUACUUAAACAACUUAAGCAAGUCAAUACACAGAUGCAAUCUUGGGUAUCCUCGGGGAGAUUAGAAACAUAUUCUCAUACAUUGACUCGACAUCAAGAGAUUCUAGAAGACCUAAAUCAAGAGUUUUAUCGUCUCCGCUCUAGCAUUAGAGCUAAACAAGAGCAUGCCUCAUUGCUUGAAGAUUUCAGGGAAUUUGACCGUACUAGGCUAGAUUUGGAAGAUGGUGGUGGUUCUCAAGAACAGUCUCUUCUUAAAGAACAUGCUUCGAUCAGCAAAAGUACAGGACAGAUGGAUACUGUGAUUUCCCAAGCGCAAGCCACACUUGUAUCGCAAUGCUCAACAUUUGGGGGAAUCACUUCAAAGAUAGGCAAUAUUAGCAGCCGUCUACCAACGGUAAAUCAUAUUGUUUCGUCGAUAAAGAGAAAGAAAUCGAUGGAUACUAUAAUUCUUUCCCUGGUUGCAUCUGUGUUCACAUUUCUUAUUCUAAUUUACUGGUUUACCAAGUGAUUGGAAGGGUAUGAAUCCACUGAUUUUUUAUUUUUUUUUGGUUCUGAUUUUAGUUUUAUAUGUUGGUCGCAGUUCUUGUAAUUUCUUAAAUGCCUUAUUUUUGUCAAGAAAGAAAGGUCCUCCUAUAUGUAAUUCAUAUUCUUAUAAAUGUAUGUCAAACUGUUUAAACUAACGAAAAUGCUUUCAUUUGUUACUA